CGCCCCUCUCCAUAACCACCACCUCAUCUCUGCCAUGGCCCUCGCGCGCCUGCCCCUCCCGCUCCCGAAACCCUAGGCACGGCACCCACCUCGUGGGCGCGGACGCGGUCGGCAUGGCGUCGCAGGCAGCGGGGGCGCCGGCUGUUGCGGCGCUAGGUUUUCUCCUCCCGUCCUGCUGGGAGAUCGAGGUCACCUGCGCCGCCGCGAUGAUCCUCGUCGCGCUCUACGCCGCCUACGAGAUCCGCAACCCGCGCUCCGCGCCGGCCGCGGGGGGCGCCGUCGCCGACGAGCUCCUCCUCGUGCGGGAGGGCGACGGCACCGACAAGUACAAGGGAGGCUCGAGCUGCCCCUCCGCUUAUGUGGUGAAGCUCGAAUUGUUGGCCGCAAAGAAUUUGAUCGCAGCGAACUUAAACGGGACAUCAGACCCGUAUGCAUUGAUCACUUGUGGCAGAGAGAAACGUUUCAGCUCCAUGGUUCCUGGCUCAAGAAACCCAAUGUGGGGAGAGGAAUUUAACUUUUUUGUUGAUAGUCUUCCUGUAAAGAUAAAUGUUACGAUAUAUGACUGGGACAUUGUAUGGAAAAGCACAGUUCUUGGUUCUGUUACUGUUCCAGUUGAGUCUGAGGGACAAAGUGGACCAGUUUGGUAUACACUUGACAGCACAUCAGGACAGGUGUGUCUUCAUAUUAAGGCAAUCAAGGUUCAUGAGAGUUCCUCUAGGGCUCUAAAUAACUUUGCUGAGGCUGAUGCUCGUCGAAGGAUAUCCUUGGAUAAGCAAGGCCCCACUGUAGUUCAUCAAAAGCCAGGUCCAUUGCAGACAAUUUUUGGACUUACUCCAGAUGAGGUUGUUGACCACAGUUAUUCAUGUGCACUCGAGAGGUCAUUUCUGUAUCACGGCCGCAUGUAUGUCUCUUCAUGGCACAUUUGCUUUCAUUCAAACAUCUUUUCUAAGCAGAUUAAGGUUGUGCUCCCUUUGAGAGAUAUCGAUGAGAUAAGGAGAAGCCAGCAUGCAGUUAUUAAUCCAGCUAUUACAAUAUUUCUUCGAAUGGGGGCUGGAGGACAUGGUGUUCCUCCAUUAGGGUGUCCGGAUGGAAGAGUCAGAUACAAAUUUGCAUCCUUUUGGAACAGAAACCAUACAUUUAGAGCGUUGCAGCGAGCUGUGAAGAACUUCCAAACGAUGAUAGAGGCUGAGAAACAGGAACGUGCUCAGUCUGCACUACGUGCACUCAGCAGCUCAAGAAAAAGUAGCAAGGAGUUAAAUGUUCCAGAAGAUUGUGCUGCUUUAACAGGGCAGUUACAACCUUUUGUCAAAGAAGAAGUUCUAGUCCCUGUAUUCAAUGGAACUUUUCCGUGUACUGCAGAGCAGUUUUUUAGUAUUCUAUUAAGUGAUGACUCGAGUUACAUAACAGAGUACCGGAUGGAUCGGAAGGAUAAAGAUAUAAAUCUGGGUCAAUGGCACCUCGCAGAUGAGUAUGAUGGCCAGGUGAGAGAACUUAAUUGUAAAUCAAUAUGCCAUAGUCCAAUGUGCCCUCCAUAUUCAGCGAUGACAGAGUGGCAGCAUAUGGUUCUUUCAGCUGACAAAACAGAUCUGGUAUUUGAAACUGUACAGCAAGUACACGAUGUUCCAUUUGGUUCCUACUUUGAGAUACACUGUAGGUGGUCUGUGAAAACUAUCAGUUCGAGCUCGUGCAGUCUUAACAUAAGUGCUGGUGCGCAUUUCAAGAAAUGGUGCAUAAUGCAGUCUAAGAUAAAGAGUGGCGCUGUGGAUGAGUAUAAGAAGGAAGUUCGGGAAAUGUUAGAAUUCGCACGGUUGUAUAUGCUCAAAGUUAGGUCCCCUAACCAAGAUAACAGUGCUCUUACCCAACAAGACAACAUGGUGCUGGAUGCAAUGCCUGGUGAUCAAUAAUUAUUUCAGGUUGUGCCAACUGAUGUAGGAUGACAUCUGCCGCCCCAUGGUGUUUAAUGAGUUGUGAUGUUAUACACAGAAGGCCAGGUGAACCUGUAACUAGUCCGCAUCUAACAUGAUUAGCUGCCUUCAAAAAGAAAGUGUAGAUCUUGUAGCGUGUAAACUAAUACUUUCCCUGUCAUUUCUGUAUCCAUUUGGUCUGAUGUGCAUCUGUGUGGUGUUCAAGAUGAACAAAGAAAGAAACAAGAGGUAAAUAUGUCCCCAAACCAUCAGAACUUCUAUAGUGUACAUUUCUUUAGUUACAAAGGGCUUAUGUUGUACAAAUAGAAGUUUCAUGUCCUACAAAUAACUUCUCAACAAUCCAUAUGAAUUGGUAAAGCAACAAGCAUCCGAUUUCAGAUGCCA